CAGCCGGGCCUCGUGCCUCGCGGCUCCCGGAGGUUCCCGGCGCUUCCUCGCGCGGCCGCGGCGAUGACCAAGAUCAAGCCCGACCCGGACGCGCCGGAGACCCCGGUGGAGGCGAACAGCGGGGAGCGCACGUAUCACGAGCUGCUGGUGAACCUGAACCCCAUCGCGCAGCCCCUCGCCUCGCGGCGCCUCACGCGGAAGCUCUACAAGUGUAUCAAGAAAGCCGUGAAGCAGAAGCAGAUCCGGCGUGGAGUGAAGGAGGUGCAGAAAUUUCUCAACAAGGGCGAGAAAGGGAUCAUGGUGCUGGCUGGGGACACGCUGCCCAUCGAGGUCUACUGCCACCUGCCGGUCAUGUGUGAGGACCGCAACCUGCCCUAUGUCUACAUCCCCUCCAAGACGGACUUGGGCGCUGCAGCCGGCUCCAAGCGGCCUACGUGCGUGAUCAUGAUCAAGCCCCACGAGGAGUACCAGGAGGCGUAUGACGAGUGCCUGGGUGAGGUGCAGGCUCUGCCCGCGGCCCUGUGACCCACCGACUCUGGGGUGUGGGGGAGCACAAGGCCCUCUCCUAGGCCCGGCUGCGC